CGCAGUAUCGGCGUUUAUUGACGCUGACUAACGUGUGGCGGCCUUGGUGUUACCAAUACAGAUACGACUGGGCGGUGAAGCUGGGAGUGGCAGUUGUAGUGUAGCAAAAUGGGCAUCUUCUCAAGCAUCAAGAAAUUCAAAGGUCAAGAUUAUAGCAAACUAAAGAAAAAAUGUCAGGGAGCAGGCGUGCUCUUCACCGACUCGGAGUUCCCGGCCGCCGCCCGGUCCAUCAGCCCGUCGGGCUCUGGCGUGGCCAACGUCGUCUGGAAGCGGCCUCAUGAGAUCUGUGAGAAGCCGCGCCUCUUCGUCGACGGCAUCGGCACGGGUGACGUCACGCAGGGACAGCUGGGCAACUGCUGGUUCGUGGCCGCUUGCUCGGUGCUGGCCGGCGUCAAGGUGCUCUGGCAUAAGGUCAUCCCAGACUACGAAGAGCAGGAGUACAGCACUGAAAACCCGAAAAACUACGCCGGCAUAUUUCAUUUUCGGUUCUGGCGGUUCGGCGAGUGGAUGGACGUCGUCAUCGAUGACCUGCUGCCGACCGUCAACGGCCAGCUGAUCUACACGCACAGUCGGGAGCGCAGCGAGUUCUGGUCCGCCCUGCUCGAGAAGGCCUACGCCAAGAUCAACACCUCAUACGAGUCGCUGGACGGCGGAAACCUGUGCGAUGCGCUCGUGGACUUCACCUCAGGUGUGUCCGUCACCAUUGACCUGGUGGAGGGCGGCUACCGCUCCGACGAGGCCAAGAAGACGCAGCUCUUCAAGCAGCUGCGCCGCGAAAUGGACGACUAUGCGUUGAUGUGCGCUGCUGUUGCGGCGCGCAACCGAGAGGAGGUCGAGCAGCGUACCGAGAUGGGCCUGGUCAAGGGCCACGCCUACGGAAUCACCGCCAUCAAGAAGGUCCCCAUCGGCAACACCACACUCGUCAACUUCUUCACGGGCCGCGAGAAGAUCUACAUGGUGCGCCUGCGGAACCCGUGGGGCGAGAAGGAGUGGAGCGGCGCCUUCAGCGACGGAUCGCCAGAGUGGUCCAAGAUCAGCGACUCUGAGCGGGAAAAGAUCGGCCUGACCUUCGAUAACGAUGGAGAAUUCUGGAUGACGUUUGACGACUUCGUGGCCAACUUCACGGACGUCUCCGUGUGCCAGCUGAUCAACACGUCGUUCUUCUCGUUCUCCAAGACGUGGGUGGAGGAGCGGUCGUUCGGCAUGUGGGCGGCGGGCGCUCGCGGCACCCUAGAGCGGGCCGGUGGCUGCCUCAACAACCGCUCCACCUUCCUGCACAACCCGCAGUACCGCUUCGACGUGGACUCCGAGGUGGAGGAGGUGAUCGUGCAGGCUGAGUCAGAAGGACCAGCGCGAGAGGAAGCACGAGGGGCGCGCUCAAACCUCUGCAUCGGUUUCCAUAUUAUGAAGGUGGAGAUGAACCGCAAGUACCGCGUGCACCGGAUACAGGAGUCGGCCGCCACCUCGGACUAUAUCCGGUCGCGCAGCAUCUUCUGGCGGGACCAGCUGCCGCGCGGCCGCUACGUGCUCGUGCCGACCACCUUCUCGCCGGGCGAGGGCGGCGAGUUUCUGCUGCGCCUCUUCAUGGGCAGCAGUCCCGAGCUGCAUGAGCUGCUGAAGGACCAGCCGAAGCCGAGCAUCUGCCCGUGCUUCACGCCCCCCGCCGGCGUCGUGGUGGUGAAGGUGGUCAGCGCCACCGGGCUGGAGAAGCAGGACUCGCUGGGCUCGGCGGACCCGUACGUGCUCAUCAGGUGCGGCAGGACGAAGGUCACCUCCCCUGCAGUCAAGGAGACGCUGAACCCCACCUGGAACUGCAAAGCCGUCUUCUACCGGAAGGCAAACGAGCCGAUCAAAGUCCAGGUGUGGAACAGCUGUCUGCUGAAGGACCGCUUCAUGGGCCAAGCCACGCUGCUGGCCGAGAACUCGCCCGGCAAUGUGGUGGAGUACGAGCUGAACCUGUUCGGCAAGUCCCGCGCCGACGCUACUGAGCGGCGGCCCGGCAAGCUGGCCGUGGAGGUGAUCGCCGACAGUGACAUGGCUGCCGUGUGAGCGGCCGCCGACCGCCAGCUGUGCCGCUCGGCGCCAGCCUCUCACGGCCGCAGACUGGCCUGCGCUGGCAGGGGCCUCUGCUACUGGCGUUGCCAGCGGCAUCACAACCGCGCGCUUUGUUCCUCCGCGGCGCGCCUGGCGGCGUGCGCUUGCUUGGCUGAGCUGACUACUCUGUACCCACCGGAUUCAUGUGAUUGGUCAGGGCGAGAUGCUGCAGUGGCUUGCGCAGUCCAGGGAGCCGUUCAGCAGUGACCGUGCCUUUUACACGGGUAUCUCUUCAGCAGUCCGCGCUGUGACAGCUUCUGCAAUUGGUCGUUUUGCGGUCGAGUGGGUAUUUUAUUUUUUACCUAAGCUUUCGUCAUCAGGCUCGCAUCCUGCGGCACGGUUUUACUUUUCGUGGGAGGGACUUCGACUGCACCUUGCAGCUUGAACCAACCCACAUGUGCCGUUAUUUUUCUAGUGAAACUCAGCAAAGACAGCCAGUACGCUUCAUGCUGUUGUUACAGUUUUCGUUGGCAGUCUGGGAGAAAAAGUGUCUUUCUCGCCAAGACCGUUGUUCUGUACUGCUGUAGCACAAGGUGUGUCGUGAUUUGCCCGCUACACACGAAAGUCUUGGGAGAGUUUUAAAGCUUCCCGAGACUUCGGCGGCGUUUUGUAUUGCAGUGCGUUCGUUGGAGUUUGAAAUCUUAUUUUAGACCGACACGUUUGCAGUGAGUAAAUGGAUCAGCCUCGUUGACCAGAAAUUAUUUGGCACGCAGGUACAUUUUAUACAGUGUUGGGCGGCCUGUGCGGCGUUGUUGUGCUGAUCUUGUGUUGUACGCGCUCCGUCUGCUGAAGAACGUUAAUCACAACACACUUCCAUUCAGUGAGGGCUGCUGCCUUCCUGUAUGAUGACGUUUUAAAGCUUUUUACAUCUGGGUUUUGUAUUGGUUACCAGAUAGUGCUGUGCUUUUGCAAUGAUUUAUGUGGAGUAUUUUCCAUAAGGUUGCUUUCAGUCUGUUUAUUAUGCGCCGGGUGAUGAUCAGGUAUCUGGAGCACACGUGUUUGGGGUUGCACAAAUGAUAAUAUCUUGCACAAACAACAAAGGGUUCGCAAGCCUAACAUGCAUUGAGUGGUAUUUUCGCGUUGUUGUGUUUUGGACUGAGCAUGUUUUCCUGAAGAGCAUGCUAAUCAUUAUCAUAAUGACUCGGAUUCUUUAUCCGCACGCCUUUUCUGGCGCGCUUCUGGAUCAUCUUAUGUGCGCCUCCGCAGGUGCUGACAUGGCUCUACCGCCCUCUCAGCGUCAUGUGAGACUCGCGCUCUGCCGUGGAUGUAGGUAUUGGCAACAGCCCGGUAUGCUGCGCCGGCAGUGACGCGCAUACCUUUAGGAUUGUUGUAAAUAAAACCUAAAAGGAAUGGA